AUGCCCUUGAAGGACCAUGAACAGUGCAAUAAGAGGAAGCAACCGAUAGCAACAGAGGUUUGUCCAUGGUUCCCCAAGGAUGGUACAAUCAAUAUAGACACUUGGAAUAGAGUGGGGGACAAGAUUCAAGGUUAUUAUACUGUUCAUGGACCUGAAAAGGUCCCUAUUGACGCUUUCACCUUAUGGUCUCUAGUUAAAGAAUGUCUAAGGGGAGACACGGGUGAUGAAAAAUGGGAAACUAAAAAUAGUCAAGAAUUAACCCCUGAUGAUUGGGACAACUUAGAAGAUCAAGCUGCCCGCUACCACCAAGACCAGGAAGGCAUAGUACUACCAGUCUUGAAAGAGAUAGAUAGUCAAACCCACGCUGCACAACAGCCCCCGGUAGUAUUACCAGCCUUUAGAGACGGUACAUGGCCACCACCUCCUGGUCCUGAAGAGUUAAUUUUUCAGCAGUCACCCAUGCAAUUAGCCUUAAAAAAGGCUAGAGAGGCAGGAGAAAUUCUUGAAGGAUUUCAAGUAUAUCCUGUCGUGCAAAGACAACAAGCGACAGGAGCAUUAUUUAACGAUUAUGAGCCUAUUCCGUUUAAACAAUUGAAAGAGUUAAAAAUUGCAAGUGCUCAGUAUGGCCCAACCGCACCUUUUACCGUAACGAUUCUUGAAACGAUUGCUGCGCAUACUCUCCCCCCUUCAGAUUGGAAAAGUUUAGCAAAAGCAGUCUUAAGUGGAGGUGAAUAUCUCCUCUGGUCUUCAGAAUAUUCUGAACAGUGUGCUUUUCAUGCACAAACUCUAGAAUGCCAACAGUUAGGUAUAACAUAUGACAUUUUGGCAGGAGCAGGAAAUUUCACUGCCCUACAUCAACAGUUAAAUUUUAGACCGCAAGCCUAUGAUAUAAUUCGACAGUCUGGGCUUAUAGCCUGGAAAAGGCUUCCAAAAUCAGGAACAAGAAAAGAAGAGUUAUCAAAAGUCAAACAAGGACCAGAUGAGUCAUAUCAAGAUUUUGUAGCUAGAUUGUUACAAAUAUCAUCCAAAUUGAUAGAGGAUUCUGAUGCAGCCCUGAUUUUAGUAAAAGAACUAGCUUUUGAAAAUGCCAACUCUGUUUGCCAAUCAACAUUAAGACCAUGGAAAGGAAGGGCCACUCUCAAUGACUAUGUAAAGCUGUGUGCAGACAUUGGACCGAGUUAUGUACAAGGGAUUACUUUAGCAGCAGCCCUUAAAGGACAAUCAAUUGAACAAGCAAUGGCAGUGAUGAGAGGGGGACAAAAGCUGAGAAGAUAA